CCCGGCGUCUUUUGCCCGCGUCCGAUAUUUUUGAGUGUGUGCGUGUUUUUCAAUGUUUGUGGCAUCGGGCAAGUCCAAUUUGAAUUCUUCAAGUUUGAUAUUUUGCUAACAUGUCGGCAAACGCCGAUAAAGAGACCAAUUCUACCAAAAUGGCCGAAGAUCGCGAGGAGGAGAAGACUACCGACACCGGUAAAACCGAAGAUGCCGAGAAAGCGGUAAAGGAUCCCAAGGUUGCGUCCGACGAGGACGAUGAGGUGGACGACGAAGAGGAAGACCACGCGGACGGCAAAGCUGCCACCGGGGACAAGAAAGACGAAGGGAACGGUGAAGCCAGUGGUAAAGAGAAGGCAGCAGCGGCAGCUAAAGCUGAGAAAGAGGAAAAAGUUAAAGACAAGAAGACAACCCCAUCCAAGAAAAAGACCGUAGAUGAGGAGGAAGCAGAAGAUGAGGAGGAAGAUGAAGGUGAAGGAGAAGGAGAAGAUGAAGAUGAAGAAGAGGGUGAGGGCGAGGAAGACGAGGAGGAGGAAGAGGACGAUGAAGAAGAUGAUGAUAAGGUGAAAUCAAAGAAAGCGAAGGUGGAAAAGAAAACAAAAGAAGAAGAGAAGCCGGCAGUAAAGAGUAAACCUAAACCAGAACCUGCUAAAACUGCUGUAGCUAAGAAUGGCGAAAAGAAGCCUCCGUUCAGCGGAAAGCCUCUUGGUGCUAUUUCGAAGAUUGAUGCCAACAUCGUCAACACCAAGAUGGAAUCUCUUCAAACGUUGCAUUUCUUCCUCUUCGAGAAGGAGGGUAAAGUUCCGGUUAUGAAGAAGAAUUUAAAGAAAUUUAGCGGUUUCGAUUUUGACGCAGAUUCAGACGAAUACAAAAAACGAUUGCAAGCAGCAGAAAAAGUUGACCAGAAGAAACUUGCUCAAACGGCUGAAAUUCUACUGCUGGAUAGUCAAGGCAGCAAGGAGGAGCUCGCGGAACGUAUCUUCCAAUUCCUGCUGAAACCGGACGGUGAAGAAGAUGUUCCCGAAGAAGAACCGGAAGACGAAGAAGAGGAGGAGGAAGAUAUUAGCGAAGAGGAAACCAAGAAGCCAUCCAAACGGGGUGCCCCGCCUAGCUCCAGAAAUUCCGGAAAUAGACCGCAAAGAUCAACCGCUGGUCGGGGAUACCAAGACAAUUCCUUAUAUGUAGAUUACACCAGCUCGGAGGAAGAACAGAAGGUGGCCAAACCAGGACGACGGCGGCGAAAUGACUCCGACAGUGGAUCUGAUUACAAUCCUUCGGCCGGUUCCGAUUCGGACGCCGGUAAGCGACGAUCGGGACGACCACCUGCACGGGGCAGCCGUGUUUCAGCGAGAAGCCGUCGCAAGCAGUCCAGCGACGAGGAAGAGUCGGAAAGCAUUAGCGAUGACGACUUCAGUGAUGAUGAGCCGAGGAAAAAGAAGGCAAAGAAGCCAACCUCAGGACGAGGGCGAGGCCGUGGACGACCAGCGGGUCGAGUGGUGGCGCCCAAGGGCCGAGGUCGCAAGCGAAAGGCGUCUACCGAGAGCGAAGAAGACGAUGACGAAGAUGAAGAGCAGGAUUCCGACGGAAGCGAAGAUAGCGAUCGGCCACAGAAGAAAACCCCAACCAAGGGUGGUAGUCCCAAAAAAGCUUCGCCGCCUAGUGCCAAGGGCAGACCAAAGCGUCCGGCACCAGCCAAGAAAUCUAAACGUGAUGAAACAACGGACGAAGAGGACGAUGAUGACGAUGCAGGCGUUGGAGCUGAAUCUGAGGAUGAGAAGCCUUUGAAAAAAACCGGCAAGGAAGAAAAGGGUGACAAAAAAGAGGGCAAGAAGAAAGAGGAGGGCGCACCACCCAGUGAUGCCGACAUCAAAGAUUUCCUCAAAGAAAUUCUCGAAGAAGCUAAUCUGGAGGAAAUUACAAUGAAAACCGUGUGUAAGAAAGUGUACGCCAAGUAUCCAGAUCACGAUCUCACACAUAAAAAAGAUUUCAUUAAGGCAACAGUGAAAUCCCUGAUAUCCACGUAAAACGCCAACAGAACGCAUCUUUUCAAUGUAAUGAACGUUUCAUUCGAACGAACAACCAACCUAUACCACAUUUAUUAAACAACAGAAAUCACAAAAUAUGGCUCUUCAUGUGGGGUCACAAGAAUAUAUGUGCAUUCGAACACGUAUGAUGUACGAGCUCUGUCAGCAGACGGAUCAGAAGAUACAUUUUAAUUUUCAAAUAAUGGCGAUUCGCUAGGCCCUUGUCGAAACUGCACCACAGAACAGGAUUGUAAGAAUUUUAGGUAUGGCACAUCUUACUCCCAACUUUCCUUCAGAGUUCAGCACUUCAAGUAAAUGGCUGUUGCAAGUAAAGUAUAGCAGUUAGCAAGUAAGCGUGAAAAAUAUGCAAAUCAGUUUAACCGAGUUUACAAUGAAUGCUAGGUGUCGUUUUGAAUACCGCAAGUUAGGAAAACGAACUUUUCACAAUUUUGACCACGAAAAAUAAUUCUCUGUCCUCUAAAGUACAAACUGAAUCAAUCCACGCAAGUGGAUUGUUCUAUUUCGGCGCAAAAAGUCCCUUUUUUAUACUCAAUGUUUUCUACAUACUACGUGUAACUAUUCUUACGUGUACAUUUACAUAAAAAAAAACUUAUUGCAUUCUGAUUUUUUUCCCAAUUGACUUUUUGAAAUUCAAUUUCGUUCAUUCUGUUUUUUUUU